AUGGCUGCUGUACUCUCCUCUUUCUUCUCACGAGAUCCAAGAUCGCAGUUUCCAUUUGAAUUACCUCAAGACCCUUGCUCUACAAUCGGUGGUUUUAGUUUUGCAGACAGUUUCAAGAAGAACGAACCUGAGGAGUUGGUAACGGUUUUCUGGUCCUCUGUAAAUGCUUCCUCACUGAAACUACAAGCUCAAAAACUGCGGACGAUUCGACAUCCUGACAUUCUUAUAUAUCAAGGCAGUAUAGAGAUUGACUCUACGUUUUACUUAGUGACGGAAAAAUGUAAGCCGCUAGCAGUCUACCUUGAAGAAAUGUCUUUAAGCGGUUCGCAGAAGGAGUUUGUCGUUUCUUGGGGGCUUUUCAGAGUGAUGAGUGCUCUUAAAUUCCUGCAUGAGGCGAGCAUCAGUCAUGAAAAUGUUCGGCGAUCAGUCUACGUUAGUGUAGGCGGUGAUUGGAAGCUCGCUGGUUUUGACCAUGUCACUAACUUUAGUUCACCUCAGUCAGACCUGAACCAAGUUGCACUACUCUUAUGGGAGAUCUUCAAUGGUUUCCAAGACCGAGUCAUAAAGCCGGAUGGUCCUGGAAAAAUACCGAAGAAGCUUCACGAUUUGUAUAGGAGAAUGGCAACGCCAGCUGCUGCUCGCACAUCAUCGGCUGAGUUGAUCCGAGAUUGUAGAUUAACGGGUGGCUUUUUCAAGAACAAGUUUGUCGACACGUUGUUAUUUCUCGAGGAAUUUCAAUUAAAGGAGUCUGGCGAAAAACAACCCUUCUUUACUCAUCUGAGAGAAAAUCUCAGCUUGUUUCCAAAUGAUAUUGCCAAAUAUAAAAUAUUACCCAAAAUAAUUGAGACGUACGAAUACGGUGAUGCUGGCCCAAACAUACUCAUACCACUUUUUAGACUUGGAAAGUUGUUGGAUGAGGCGGAAUAUCAGAAAAGAAUAGUUCCUUGCUUGAUUAAGCUCUUUGGAAGUUCCGAUCGAACAACACGUGUUAAAUUACUAGAACGUAUUGAUGAGUUUGCUCCCCAUUUGUCGUCUCAAAUUGUGAACGAAAAGAUUUUUUCAAAUCUUACCUCUGGGUUUCUCGACACUUCACCCGCAGUUCGUGAAAGUACCGUUAAAGCAAUGGUGCCUCUGGCAGAGAAAUUAAAUUUUCAUAAUCUGAAUGUGGAGUUAAUGAAGUUCCUGGCCAGACUCCAAGGUGGAGAUGAACAUGGUGGCAUUAGAACAAACACAACUAUUUGCUUAGGAAAAAUUGCUAGUUAUCUGGACCCAUCCAAACGACAAGUUGUUCUACUAAAUGCGUUCACGAGGGGAAUGAAGGAUCCCUUUACACCUGCUCGAAUGGCAGCUGUACUGGCGCUUUCUGCAACACAGCAAUUCUAUUCUUUACUUGAGGUAGCAAAUCGAGUCAUCCCCUCGUUAUCGCCUCUAACGUGUGAUCCAGAAAAACAAGUUCGUGAUCAGGCAUUUAAAGCCAUUAAAGGUUUUAUGGAGAACCUUGAGAAAGCGAGCGAAAACCCCGAAUUGAUACCAGAAAUUGAAGCACAGGUCAAAGCAGGAGGUCGGUCACUGUUGAGUAGUGAUAAGGUUCCACAAUGGGCAAGUUGGGCAUUAAAAUCUUUGUCUGGCAAAUUUUACAAAGGAAAAGCACUACAAGAAGUGAACUCGUCAAAUACUGCCGAAAUUGGCGAAGGGAUUGUGACGACUGCGUCGGCUGUUGGUCAGUUCAUAUCUUGUGCAAAUGAGUUUGGUAAGAGAAAUAAAGUUAUGAAAAAUAUUGCUAAUCUACGUUUGCUGGAACUUUCAUGGCGAUUAGAGGAAGCAGUUAUUUUUUGUAACUUUUACGCUAGAAAACCCCUGUGUCCUAUUAACGGGCUUUUCAUAUAG